CAACCUCGGCUGCCAGAUUGUGAAGCUCCAACUGGCGACAGAUGUAACCUUAGGACAAAGUGAGAUUGGCUGACCUGUCUCCUGAUCUUUGACAGAUUCUGCCUCCAGCAGGCCUUGGAGAUGAAGGCUGUCAGCAUCCUGGCCCUGAUAGGCUGUGUGGCCACGGUCGUCGAGUCCAAAGUCUACACUCGCUGUAAACUGGCAAAAAUAUUUUCGAGGGCUGGCCUGGACAAUUACCGGGGUUUUAGCCUUGGAAACUGGAUCUGCCUGGCGUACUAUGAGAGUCACUAUAACACCACGGCCCAGAAUGUACUGGAUGACGGUAGCAUCGACUAUGGCAUUUUUCAGAUAAACAGUUACACGUGGUGCAGGAGCGGGACACUACAGCAGAAGAACCAUUGUCAUGUUGCCUGCUCAGCCUUGAUCACUGACGACCUCACAGAUGCAAUUAUCUGUGCCAAGAAAAUUGUGAAAGAAACAGAAGGGAUGAACUAUUGGCAAGGCUGGAGGAAAUACUGUAAGGGCAAAGACCUGACCGAAUGGAAGAAGGGAUGUGAGGUUUCAUGAGCUGGAACUGGCAAGGACACUUUGCGACGGCUCCCCAGGAUUUAUAAUGCUCCUGUUGUCUUGCCUCCACCCCCCCCCAAAAAAAAAUCCUUCUCAAAGUUGGAGAGGAAAAACUAAGCCAUACUUUUAAGGAAAUAAAUAUUUCCAUUUGAAUGUCUUCAUCUCACCUGGACUCAGGUUCAGUGAUGUCAUCAUAGCACCAAGUUAAUACUUGAAAAGUCACCUCCAAAACGGCAUAGGCCUAGAGGAAAAAACUUCCCCCAUCCACU